ACGUAACGGUCGUCACUCUUGUACCGCCCACCAGUGUAACCAGAUGAAGAACCUCUCCGUGAUCGAACCAGCGUCUUUUAAGGGCUGGGACUGUUAGACGUAAAGGGGCGGGUAUUUCAUUUGUGUGUUUUUAAACAUUUAAAUGAUGGCCUUCAAGCGAUAUGAGCCGAUGGGCUUCCUGGUCACGUGACACAGAAGCCUUGACGUCAGCUAUGUCUUCGCCGGCGAUGGUGAAAAAGAAACACGUUCGCUUCGCUACAAUGAUGGACGACGACGAGCAGGAGGAAGACACCCUGUUUGACCAGAGGAAGGACACCGGGAAGGCCGGUCUGAAGAGUGCGUUGAAGGCGGUCAAAAGGACGACGAAGCCGGGAUGCGACGACCGGGUGAAGGUGGUCGGCGGGGGGAGAGGGGGCGGUUACGCGGCGUGCGGCCGCUGGAUGGUCAGCCUCGCGCUCUGUGCCUCAUUCCUCGGCCUGGGAAUGGGUGUCUCAGUUAUCGGACCCACAUUUGAGGACCUGGCUUUGAACGUGAAGAAGAAUAUCAGCAAUAUCUCCUACAUCUUUAUUGGCCGAUCUACAGGCUACAUCGGCGGUUCUCUCUUAGGAGGCAUCCUUUUUGACUGCAUGAACCCCAAUCUCCUGCUUGGAAUUUCCAUGGUGGUCACUGCAUGUGGAAUGUGUGCCAUCCCUUUCUGCAAACAUGCACUGCUCCUCACCGGGUUUAUGUCCAGCAUGGGAAUCUCCAUGGGGAUUCUGGACACAGGUGGGAAUGUCCUGAUCCUGAACACGUGGGGCGAGCAGGCUGGACCUCACAUGCAGGCUCUGCACUUCUGCUUUGCAGCCGGGGCCUUUGUGGCGCCCAUCAUCGCCAAACUGCUGUUUGGCCAUAACGGCAACCAGAGCGCCGGAAGCGUGCUGAUCAAUACCACCCACGCCAUCGCCACGGGGCCCGUCGCACACGACGACCACACCGUCGUCCAGCUGGUCCACAGCAGGGACAGAAACAUGAAGUCCAUGUGGGCCUACAUCGUCAUCGGCUUGUUUGUCCUCCUCACCUCCUUUCCCUUCUUCUUUCUCUCCGUUCGCAGCGACGUCUCCAGUGGCAAAGCCCACGCGUCGUCAGCAAAGCAGCGAGUCACCAGACAUCACACGGCUCUUGUCGUCCUGCUCUUCUUCUUUUUCUUUGCCUACGUCGGCGCCGAGGUGACCUACGGCUCCUUCAUCUUCACCUUCGCUAAGGACUACGCUCACAUGGACCAGUCCCACGCUGCCGGGCUGAAUUCGUUAUUCUGGGCAACAUUCGCCAUCUGUCGGUUGCUCUCCAUCUUCUUUGCGUCCUGCUUGUACCCGGGCACCAUGAUACUGCUCAGCUUGGUGGGCACCACCUUGUCCUCGCUCUUCCUCUGCCUCUUCAGCAAGGUCAAGCUGGCUCUGUGGGUUUGCACCGGCCUGUACGGGGCGUCCAUGUCCUCCACCUUCCCCAGCGGAAUUUCCUGGAUGGAGCAGUACACCACGGUGACGGGCCGCUCGGCAGCGACCUUUGUGGUAGGCGCCGCCCUCGGCGAGAUGGUGAUGCCCGCCCUCGUCGGCUUCUUGCUGGGGAAAGUCCACGGUCAUCCCGUGCUCAUGUACUUGUGCCUCAUCACCGCCACCUUCACCUCCAUCCUUUUCCCGGUCAUGUACAAGCUGGUCUCUUCAUCCACGGGCCACACCCCCAAGCGCUACAGGCGGGUCCAGCCUGGCGCUGACGACGGCGAAUACCGCCAGGCGCUGCUCCACUCCGACGCAGUCGACGAGGAGGAAGAGAACGAAGCCCAACACUGGAACGAUGUAGACUUUGAAGUCAUCGAGAUGGAUGACACUGCAAGCCUGAGUUCACCCCGUAAGGAGGCGUCCCCCCUGGAGGUGGACGAGGAUCCUGCCAACUCAUCAGCAGACGCCCCCUCCCUGGCAGGAGACUCGCCCAGACGCAAGCCGCUGCUUCUUCCUGACAGAGUAAAGAGAGACUAAACGCUGCAACCUGAACACCCGUGAUUUGUCGACCUCUGGCUUUGUGACUGAAAGGCUGGCCUGCACAAAAACCUAAACCUGACCUGGCCCAAACCUAGUCUUAGGCUGGCCCAGCUCUUUACUUAAACCAGGGGUGGCCAAACUUUAUCCAGCGAGAUAGUGAAAACUGAAAGGAUGCGAGGGCCACUUUGAUAUUUUGUAUCGCAAGACGGUACCCUGUCUUUUUUUGACCAGAAAACAGCUUUAGAAGCAAGUUGAAAAAAACUGAAAAAAACGACAUACUAACCCCUUACGUUUUUUGUCAAAAAUCACCAAAUUCAAACGCUGGCAUUUUAUGCCCUUUUUGGGUACUUCUGGGGCCCCUGUUGAGUGUGUGUGAGGUUCCCCGCGUUUUUUUGACCAGAAGAGUAAAUUAGAAGCAAGUUGAAAAAAACGACAUACUAACCCCUUACGUCUUUUUUACGUUUUUGACUUAGUACUUUUGGGCAAAUUACUUUUAAGAGGUGGUUAGUUAUGUUUACUAGUUAAGUUCCCCAGAAAAGUACUUGAAUUCUACAUGACUUAAGUUACAAGAAGGCUCGUGACUUGCAACUCUCUACCAACACGCUAGGGGGCAGUGUUUUACUGAGUGCGAGCAAGCAGAUUCUGUCCGUGCAUUGCGGUUUGAGUGAGCACAGACAGCUCCAUUGUGGCUCCAUUGCUUAAGUGCACUUAAGUGCACAGUGCACUAAAGCAGAUAUUUUUUUGCUCUUGUUUGCUGUGUAUAUUUUGUGUCUUAUCACCGUGGUUCAACCUUUUUGCCAAGUUCGAACGACAUUUGAAUACACUUUUAUUAUAUCAAUCUGCAAGUUCACCCCCCCCCCACAGCAAUAUCCAAUAAAAGAAGACCUCCGCCUCCUUCAA